AAAUAGCUGUUUCUCGAAGUCAUUAUUUUGUUAUACAGUAUAUCAUAUAUUGUAUAUCAAUUACAACCAUUAUAUAUAACACUUACAAUAGACUAAAGACUAAAAAUAAUGAUUAAAAUAUUAUUAGUCUUAGCACUGGUUGGCUAUCUGUGUGAGGGAAUCAACUCGUUAGGUCCGAGUUGUGGCGGUAAAGAGCUACAGCACAGUCCUCAACAUGACUACUGGUUACAGACACUUAAACACGAGGAGAAGUCCCCGUUUAACAAUAAUCCCGGAGCUUAUAAGGUGUUCCGUAAUGUUAAAGACUUUGGUGCCAAAGGCGACGGCGUUACAGAUGACUCGGCCGCUAUAAAUCUGGCCAUCAGUGAGGGUGACCGGUGCGGUCCGGGCACUUGUGAGUCUGCAACAAUAUCUCCUGCAAUCGUUUACUUCCCUCCGGGACAAUACCUCAUCGCACACUCUUUAUUACAGUUUUAUUUCACUCAAUUUAUCGGUGAUGCCACUAAUCCGCCGACUUUGAUUAUGGCUCCUAACUUUGAUGGUGACAAUGUUCACGCCCUCAUUACAUCCGAUGAGUACCUGAGCGGACCUCACGAAGUAUGGACCAAUCAAAAYAAUUUCUACCGUCAAGUGCGCAACUUUGUACUCGACCUGACACGAGCGCCUCCCGAAAAAUCGGCCACUGCUAUACAUUGGCAGGUGGCACAGGCUACAUCCAUUACAAAUGUGCAUGUUAAAAUGAGUACAGCACCCGGCAAUAAACAUCAGGGCAUAUGGAUGGAAAAUGGAUCGGGAGGUUUCAUGUCGGACCUGGUGUUCGAAGGGGGCAACUUUGGUAUGUGGGUCGGAAACCAACAGUUCACAUCACGUAAUAUUWCUAUCAGAAAUGCCGACACUGCUAUAUUUAUGAAUUGGAAUUGGGCAUGGACAUUUAAGGGCGUCAAAAUUGAUAACUGCAAAACAGGUAUUGAUAUGACUGCUGGAGGAGAGGCUGCACAGGGAGUCGGUUCGGUAUUGUUGAUGGACUCUGAAAUAUCCAACACACCAGUAGGUGUUCUAACUGUGAACGGUCCGACAUCAAAACCUGCCGGUGCCGGUGCACUCACACUGGACAACGUUAAGCUGACCAAUGUACAGCGGGCAGUAGCCAAACCCAAUGGCCAAACAGUAGUUGAUGGGGGCAACAAAGUUAUCGACUCAUGGGGACAGGGCAGAUUUUAUGAUGUAUCAGGCAAGGCCGAGUAUCAUCAAGGACAGUUACCUAAACCUAAUAAACCGGGUGUUCUAUUGGAUAAUAAUGGAAACUUCUUUGAGAAGACAAAACCUAUUUAUACCGAUAUAGCUAUGAAUGACUUCAUUAGUGUUAUCAGUGAAGGCGCUAAAGGAGAUGGUGUUACUGAUGACACUCAAGCCAUCAGAAAUGCAGUGACCAAAUGGGCCGGUUGUAAAGUCAUCUACUUUCCCGCCGGCGAUUAUGUGGUCACCGAUACCGUUGUAGUACCGGUUGGUUCACGCAUAACAGGCGAAGUUUGGUCAGUGAUUAUGGCUACCGGUGCCAACUUUAAUGACCCGAACAAUCCACGACCGGUAUUCCAAUUGGGAAAACCGGGUGAUGUAGGAGUGGCCGAAGUGAGCGAUAUGUUAUUCUCAACUGAAGGUCCUGCUCCCGGAGCUAUAAUGGUACAAAUUAAUGCAAAAGAACCUGCAGGACAAAAAGGUGCUGUUGGAUUAUGGGACGUCCACUUUAGGAUUGGCGGUGGUAAGGGUACCAGAUUGCAGAGCGGUAACUGUGGAAAAGGUACUAGCCCAAAACCCGAGUGCCACGGAUCGUUUCUAAUGCUACACGUGGCGCCUACCGGUAGCGCAUACUUAGAAAAUAACUGGGUUUGGGUGGCCGAUCACGAUUUGGACGGACCAACUCAGAUCAGUGUAUUCAAUGGUAGAGGUGUUCUUAUUGAGUCCCGAGAUGGACCCGUUUGGGGUUACGGUACCGCAUCAGAGCAUUCGGUUAUGUAUCAAUAUCAAUUGCUCAAUACAAAGAAUGUCAUACUUGGAAUGAUACAAACUGAGACACCCUAUUAUCAGGCGUACCCACCGGCACCCGAACCUUUCCAUCCAUUAGCCAAAUGGUCAGAUCCUGAUUAUAGUAAAUGUCCCAAAGGUUCAGUGACUUGUCCUAUGGCAUGGGGUCUCCGUAUUGUAAAUUCCGAGAGUGUGUUUAUCUAUGGGGCCGGUCUAUACAACUUUUUCCAAAACUACGAUCAGGGAUGUCUGCAAUCAGAGCACUGUCAGGACAAUAUGCUAUCCAUUGAGAAAUCGUCUAAAGAUAUAUACAUUUAUAACUUAAAUACUAAAGCGGCCGACACUAUGGUGACCGUUGACGGACAAAGUCGAGUAAAACAAGCGGACAAUAGGGCGACUUUUUGCUCAACAAUUGUCGGCUUUGUUACCAAAUAAAUGGAUAUCUAUAGACUUUAGUAUAUAUAUAUAUAUAUGUUAUAUUAAAAACUUUGUGUUAUUUU